AUGCAUUUUGGGAACACUACAACACAAAGGGUUGAGUCGGCGCACUGGAGUUUGAAACGGAUAUUACAAGAUAGUAUUGGUGAUAUAUGCAGUGUUUGGGAAACCAUCAAUAGCAUGAUUGUAUUACAACACAUUGAGAUAAUAACAUCAUUUGAAAAGAGCAUAAUUCAUAAGGUCCAUCGACAUAGUAACAGAUUGUAUGCCAAUUUGCGUGGUGUUGUGUCAAAAAAUGCAAUAGAUCACAUUGCGGCAGAGUUUGAUCGCGUGAAGUAUGUAGGUAUAGAUAAGUCUGAAUGUCGCUGCACAAUUAGGAGAACACAUGGUCUACCUUGUGCAUGUGAGAUAGCCAGGUAUAGUAUGAUCCCCCGUUCUAUUCCGUUAGAUGUUAUUCAUGUUUGGUGGACUAAAUUAACUUUUCAUGAUGAUGGAUCGGGUAAACCUUCAGAAUUAUCUGUGAAACAUGAAAUAGAAGUGAUCGUGAAAAAGUUUGAUGAACUUGAUGUACCUGAAAAAAUUGCACUGAAAAGUAAAUUACGUGAGAUUGUGUAUCAAUCGACUACGUCGAUGUGUCCACCUGUUGACAAGGUUAAAACAAAGGGUGCACCGAAAAAAGGCAAAAGUAAGAUAUCAAAAAGAGAUAAAUCAAUCAAGCGUGAUCCAUCUUGGUGGGAAUAUGUGGAUGCAAGUGUUCGAUGCAGUGGCACAAAUGCAUGUAGUACUGUAACUUCUAAUAAAGUACAACAAUCUCGACCAUCAGUAACAAAGCUCACACCUCGACCAUCAGUCAGCAAAGUUCAACAACCGAAAGUUCUUAUCUUCAAGGAAUGGUUGCCGGUUGAAAUUCACAAAUUCAUAGAUGACAUUAUUGACGUCGGCAAGGAUGGUAAUUGUGGAUAUCGUGUAGCUACAACUUUACUUGGAAUAUGUGAGAACUGUUGGACAUUCAUUCGUCAAGAGUGUGUGGUAGAGCUUUAA